AUGCCUCCACUUACGACAGCCGAACGCAUUCACGCCGUGGAAGUCAUUAUCAACUAUGUGUUCCACGACAAAUCUCUUCUUUUGAGGGCCCUGGAAGCCGCUGGCGCCACCAUAGUCAGCCAGGGCAAUAAGCGGCUUGCUCUUAUCGGAGACGCUGCCCUGAGGCUCGUUCUUUAUGAGUUUGGUUAUGAAAACGAGGCCUCAAUUCGCGACAUGACGAAUGCACAGAAUACUCGGGCCACGAACGAAAAUCUGGCGCAGAUAGGCUUUGCCCUGGCCCUAGAUGUCUACAUCCAGCUGAACCCCUCAGCCCAGGGCGUUGUUCAUGCACGCCUGAUGGCAACUACCAUCGAGGCUAUCGUUGGCGCUGUCUAUCUCGAUAGCAAGAGAGAUAUUACGGUCACACGUCUCUUGAUUGCUCACCUGCGCGUCAUGCCGACGCUCUGGUGA